GGAAUACGGAACCAGACGAAAUUAAUUUGUGUGUUCCGGUAUAUAUUUUUUUCUUGCAAAAACUAUUUCCCAGUCAAACUAAUUUAUCUUUAACGGUUAUAGAAGAUUAUGCGAUAUUCAAGGCUUUACCAGUAUGAAUUCUUUACAAGGAGAGAACGGCAGAAAUCAUAGAAGCUGCUGUCCGUGGAAGCAGAAAAUGCGUAUUCUUGUCUUGGGUGGUAAUGGAUUUAUUGGUAGUGAAAUUGUCAGCUCCUUGUUACAUACUAAACACGUUUUUCGAACGGACUGGGACAUCACGUUGGCCAAUAGGUCCGAAUCUUGGGACUGGGACAAGAAAGAAUUGAUUUAUUCAAGUGUAAAUCAUCUCUUUCUCGAUAGAGAUGAAGACAAUACCAAGCUGACCGACAGCUUCAAAAAGUACCUUCAAAGCAAAGAGCGAAUAGACAUAUGCAUCGAUGUCAGCGGCACUGAGCCGCAUCACUUACGGCAAUCGAUUUCCCUCUUAAGGUUGAAAACUGAUUUAUACGUCUAUAUAUCUUCGGAUUCUGUAUAUGAAGUUUGUAUGAGGAGGAGACACGAUGGUUACUCUAAAGAAAUUGAUGCAAUAAGGCCAUCGAAACAAAGAAUAAGAGAGAAAUUGAAGGAGAGAGACGCCUACGGAGACGAUAAAUUAACAUGUGAAGAAAUGCUAAAAGAACAAUUCUCGUCUGAUGUUUCUAUGCCCUAUGUAAUUCUACGCCUUUGUGACGUCAUCGGGGAAAGGGAUGCUACUGAUCGUUUCUGGUCUCUACAGUUAUGGAUAGAACUUUCUCACAUGAGUGACCUUCCCGUCUACAUUCCACAUACGCUCGAAUAUCAGAAACUCUCAUUAAUCGACGUUAAAGACGUCGCCAGUGUGGUCAGUAACAUGGUCUUAGAUGGACCUAGGCUAUCUCGACGAUAUUGGAAUAAAGCAUUUAAUCUAGCUGCUAAUGACAACAUGACUUUUAUGGAACUAGUUCAAGAAAUGCAAAAUUGUAUGGGAGCCAGUCAAGCUAAAUUAUGUGUUGUCGACAAGUACAGAUUCGAUUUACCCGAAUUUUAUCCUUCUGUAGAAAGAGGACCCAUUGAUACAACGGAAGCAAAAAAGCUUUUGGCUUUUACAGCAACUCCUUUAGCAACAUCCUUGAAUAGGAUUGUUAAUUUCUACACAGAUGCAAGGAAAAAUAACCUAUUUCCUCUGCAAUUCAUGAAGGUCAGGAAGUCUUUGUUUAAAGAUCUGAAGGGAAAUGCCGAGAAGAAAAUUCUUAGGAGAGCUUUUAAAUGCCUGAGGACUAGAACUAACUUUUCGUCUUGUUGUAAUUCAACAGCCGCUGAUGAUAUUCCGACGGAAAAGAAGAAUAGUCUUUCUCCAGAAAUUAGCAGGGGUACAAAGAGAAAAAAAGAAGAGGAAACAGUGGCGUCGAAUGGUAAAAAACAUCAUAAAUUAAUCUUAAAUGGAACGAAUUGAGAGUAGACGUUUUUAUUCUGUGUCCUUAUUGUUUGUUACUAGAUAUAAAUAAAAGACCGAGUUAACAAUCA